AUGGAACGCGAUCUUUACCCUCGUCAGUGGGGACGUGGUCCUGUUUCGAUGGAACGUAAAAAACUUGUCGCCCAAGGUUUGCUGAAGAAGUUCGCAAAACCCGGCAAUGCACCGAAUACUCCGAACUCUGCUGGACUCAAAACAAAAGUGGAAAUGGAUGAAUCUGUUGAUAGUGCAACACGACGGAUCAAAGCGUCGAAUACUCCCGAAUCGAGUGACGAUGAGAUAACAAGACACAGUUCAAUCUCGGUGGCUGGACAUGAUAUGGAAACUGAAGAAUUAUCGACAAGUGAAAGUGAAUAA